AUGGCGGACAAUGGCUCUCCAAAACCCCAAUUCCUCGCGCCUCCGGCCGUGACCGCGUUGCGGCAGGAGGCUCGGAAUAUCAACCCGAAAAUGACAAGAACAUUGAGUGAGAAUAUGAGGGAAGAACGGGAGGAUCUGAAAGAAGCCGCUGAACAGACUUUGAACAUUAUUGUGGAUUUGGAUCUCGAGGGUCGCAUCAAAUGGGUCAGCCCCUCGUGGCGGCAAGUGGUUGGAACGGCUCCGGCAUCUGUCGAGGGCCGUAUGAUCUCUGAAAUACUUCUGGGAAACAAGGAUGUCUUUAAAGACGCGAUUGACGCACUGAAGGAGGAUGAUUCGCGUAGUCGCUUCAUUCGAUUUGCUGUGCAAAUGGGGCCGGACUCCGUGUUGAAGUACGCGCCGGAGCCGCGACCGAUGGAAACAGAACAGAAAAUGGAGGACGACAAGUCUGAAGAUACCAAAGAGUCUCUAGAACAUUCGCAGGUCGAAGGAGAGCAAAACAAUGAUGUCCUUACUAUGGAAGGACAGGGUAUUAUGGUAUAUGAGCGGGACGACGACGGACAUUCUAUGUGGAUGUUACGUCCAUUCACCGAACCGAGAGAAGUGACGAUCGAUCUUCCGCCCCUUCUUGUUGAGUCGCUAGGUGUUGGAGCAGAAGUACUUGCGAACUACCUAACAACACUUGCCGAAGCCGCUGCGAACGAACCAGACCCUUCAAAACACCCCGCCCCAACACCUGUGCUAUGUCGGAUUUGCGAGCGUCAAAUCACGCCGUGGUGGUUUGAGAAACACUCGGAUCUAUGUCUCCAGGAACAUCGAGCCGAGAUGGACGUACAGAUCGCACAGGAAAAUCUCAAUGAACAUCGGCAUAUGAUAGUCAAAGUAUUGGACGCCUUGGAGGCUCGACAGGGUAGACCAUUGAUCACACCGGAUGGCAAUGUGCAGUCACCUCCUCAGCCAGAGUAUAAAGGAUUGCCCAUUGGGCCACCCCCCACGAGUUCAACACCGUCCUCUGCUCCUGUAUCCAGCGGAAACUCUGCUCCAGGAACCCCGCCUCGAUCAAGAGAUCAUUCUGCUUCUGGUCUUCCCACGGUCGGGCGCCCUCGGUCUUUCACUGUACGCCGGCCAUUGGCUCGCAUCGUUGAGCUGGUUCUAGAUCUCUGCGAUACUGCUCUGGAAAUCAGUAUGCCGAUGAUUAAGGAAUCUUCUCGUGCAGAAAACCCCGAGGACUUUAGGACGCUUUCUCCACAGUCUGAAUCCCGAAUCACUCAGGUCGCUCAGUGGCAGUCUCCAAGCUCUAAUACCUUAGAGCAGGAGCAAGGCCUUGCCGCUCUGGCAAGCGAUACCGAACAAAUCGCGAAAGUAAAAGUGGACUCGGUUGUUCGUCAUAGAAAGAUUGUUGAAUAUGCUGAGAGAAUCCGUAUUGAAUAUACUGUUCUUGUGGAAGAAUGCAUUACAGCUGCCCUUAGCAAAGCAGAGCGUAUAGCCGCUGGCCAGCUUAGUGAUUCUACUUGCUCCUCUGAUAAUGAAGCCCAGGAAGAUAUUGCAGCAGGGCAAAUUGUGGAGAACGACUUUUACAAUGCCGGAAUUCCUCUUCAAACCGAUGAGACGCCAUUACAGGUCCCUCCACUUCAAAGAUCACCGCUAGCCCAAUCUCAACUUGCAGGGCCCACCCCUCGCAAGUCCACGACAUCGGCGUUGACAAUGUCUAUGCGCAACUCACCGGACCGUGCGCUACUUGGGCAAACUGAUACGAAGUCAUCGUCAUCGACUGCUGUAUCGACGGGAUCAAACAGUCCCAUGGAGUGUCCCACCCCCCGGUCUUACAAAAGUGCGGCUGGAUUGCUGGGAACAUCUCAACCUGGUCGUAGAGGUCUUUCCCUCAUGGAUAUUGACCCCGGUGACAGUAGCGAUAGCAGUAUUCCAUCAUCUGUGUUCCCAGGUGCUAUACGGACUGACUCGCCAUCUUCUGAACGAAGUUUCGAUCGCAAGCGAAGGAGCCUGGUGCUUCCCGGUCUAUCUAGUUCUCCUCGUCGCCAGCCAUCCCCAGCACGAGCACCUGGUCCGCACUCCCCCCUACGAAUGCCCAAACCCCGACAUUCCUAUGGUGCAGAAAGCUUACCGUCCCCGGUAGUAUCUCCGUCUACUUAUACUUCCGAGUUGGCUCACAAUUGCCGCCACCAUCGCCGCCAGUCGUCAGCGACUUCAUCUGAUGUCGCAAAACCACCCCCUUCGCCUCGUCUUCCAUCAAUGAGCCAGCAACCUCGACCGGCGCCCCCUUCAAUCAAGGACUUUGAGAUCAUCAAACCAAUCAGUAAAGGUGCCUUUGGAAGUGUGUAUCUGUCCAAAAAGAAAUCAACAGGAGAGUAUUAUGCCAUUAAGGUUUUGAAGAAACAGGACAUGGUAGCCAAAAAUCAGGUCACUAACGUGAAGGCUGAACGUGCGAUCAUGAUGUGGCAGGGAGAAAGCGACUUUGUCGCCAAACUCUAUUGGACGUUCUCGAGCAAAGACUAUCUUUAUCUGGUCAUGGAAUACUUGAAUGGAGGCGAUUGUGCCUCUCUCGUCAAGAUUCUCGGUGGCCUCCCCGAAGAUUGGGCCAUGAAGUACAUUGCGGAGGUUGUGCUUGGUAUUGAACACCUCCAUAGUCGAGGAAUUGUACAUCGUGAUUUGAAACCCGACAACCUUCUUAUUGAUGCCUCCGGUCACCUCAAAUUGACUGACUUUGGACUUUCUCGAAUGGGUCUGGUCGGUCGUCAGAAACGUUUGCUGAAGAGUCCAAACGAGUCGGCUCCAGAUUUACUCAAACAAGGACCCUUCCCCCGCGCCAUAUCAAUCGCUUCUUCCCGCUCAGCGUCCUUUGACUUCCAGGCCGGGUCUCCUGGCUCCACGCCGCUGAUUACACCUGACAACGCGGUUGGCACUAGUCAGCCAUCUUAUUUCAGCCUCAAUCAGACAAACCUUAACCAGACUGGACUAAGUCGGCAAAGUUCCAGGCGAGCAUCUGGAUACCGCAGCGACAGCGCAGGAAGUGACAGCUUAAAUGGCAUGUUUCGAACCUUUUCACUCAACGACAAUUCUCAUGACCCUGCUGCUCCAUCACCAAGCAUGCUUUCAAGCAACUUGGCCGAGGAAGAGGUGCAGAGUGAAACUGAUGAUUCACCACAACUGUAUCCUUUGCUACCAACUUUCAGCAACCCCGCGCAUAAUACUCCCCCGUCACAAAGCAUGCUUCCGCCAGUUAUGGCUCUUUUUGACCCCGAGGAUCAUGAUAGACGUUUCGUUGGUACCCCGGAUUACCUGGCCCCAGAAACGAUUAAUGGCAUAGGGCAGGAUGAAAUUAGCGAUUGGUGGUCGAUGGGCUGUAUUAUGUUUGAGUUCAUAUUUGGCUACCCUCCCUUCAAUGCUGCGACUCCUGAUGAAGUUUUCGAAAAUAUCUUACAGCGCAGGAUUAACUGGCCAGAAGAACCGGAAGACUAUACUACCGCAGAGUCAUUGGAUCUUAUGAAUAAACUCAUGACUCUCAAUCCCCGUGAGCGUAUUGGAGCAAACGUGGAAGAAAGGUUUACCAGUGGCGGCGCUGAGAUUCGUGCUCACCCUUGGUUUUCUGAUAUUCACUGGGAUACACUGUUCCAGGAUAAGGCGGAGUUUGUCCCUAACCUGGAGAAUCCAGAAGACACCGAGUAUUUUGAUGCCCGUGGAGCUACUCUUCAAGCAUUCGCCGAAGAAAUGGAGGAUGAACCCUCGCCACAGCCUCCAAGUACUUCGGGUUCUUACCCUGAUAGACCCCAUGACGCCUUGUUCAAGGUUCGCUCUCAGGUCAAUUCUAUGAAGCGUCCACUGAUGCCUUUACAUAUCCCACCCCAUGUACGCGAUGCUCGCGACUCACGCAGUCGACGACUGAGCGAACCAGCACUUGCCGAUGAUUUCGGGAGCUUCAACUUUAAGAACCUGCCGAUGCUGGAGAAAGCCAACAAGGAUGUCAUUCAAAAAAUGCGCCAAGAAGCCAUGCAAGCCCAGCACCGUCAACCGAGCGCAUCGUCAUCAACUGCUCAGACGCCGCUAAGUGCUUCUCAACCUUCGCUUGAAGGCAGUCCACUCCCGAUGUCACUCCAGCGCGCCUUAUCCCAGAACAAGGGUAACAACCGUCCAUCUUCACCAUCUAGUUUGAGUCAAGCAAACUCAUCUCCAAGUCGGCCAUCUCAACCGUCAUCACCGCUUCUUGUUCAAUUUAGCACUGGUACCAAUCACGAACGACGAAAGACAUCUGGGUCUUCAUCCACAGCGUCUCAUCAAUCUAGUGGGAAUUUCCAGCCUUCUUCUGUUGAACAAAAUCGGAUGCCGAAUCUUAGACUUGGCUCGGUCGCGUCGUCUCCUGUAAAGGCCAACCGCAUGCCUGCUCAGUCUCCCGACAAACAUCCUUCAAAUCAACGCCAUGGUAGUGCCCCUGCUAGUCGAGCGCGAUCUCAAACUAUUGGUUCCCAGGACGGCGGGGAUCUGUCCUCAUUUCCCAAGGAACCUUUCAUACCAUCCCAUCACAAGCGCCGGAGUCAAUUGUUUGAUAUCUCGCCUUCUUCUUCUGACAAUGAAGAUCCUCGUACCAAGGCUCUACUCAAGGUUCAACGUCGGCGGCAGAGCUCUAGACGCCUGUCUCAAUUUAACGUUCAAGAUGGUCCAUUCUUCCGACCGCUGGACGUUCUGAUCUGCGAAGAUCAUCCUGUCUCCCGCUUGGUCAUGGAACGUCUCUUUGAGAAACUUCGUUGUCGCACCAUCACAGUCACAAAUGGUGCCGAAGCUGUGCGAUAUGCUCUCAGUGAAGUUCAAUUUGAUGUUAUCAUGACCGAGUACAAAUUGCCGCAGGUGAAUGGUGCCGACUUUGCUCGAAUGGUCCGAGAAACCCGCAGUCCUAACAGACAUACGCCUAUCAUUGCGGUGACUGGCUACUUGAAGGACCUACCCGAAACUCAUUACUUUGAUGCGCUUGUUGAGAAACCCCCAACUCUGUCUAAACUUACUGAGACUUUGUGCAAGUGGUGUAUGUGGAAACCUCCUCCGAAGGAUUACAAUCCAUCUCAGCCUCUUCCGGUCCCGAUGCCGAGCGUCCGUCCUGCACAGUUGCCCAACGAGGAUAACAGUCCCAGUUCGGCAUCAUCUGGAUUCGUGCCAAAUCCACCGAGUUCCUACCGUGGGUCAAGCCGUGAUGAUUCUGUGAGCAGCAGUGUAUUUGGCGAUAUGGACAACAUCAAACCAGAUGACGUUCCUGUCAUUGUAAGCCGCAGCAAUGAUGACUGGGAUCAAAGCGGACUUGGAAUUUCCGAGGAUGCUCAUCCAGGAAGUCCUGACCCUAAAGCGGUGCCUGUUCCCCAGCUGCUACACGCUAUCUCGGCGCCGGCGGCCAUGGACGCCAGUGGCGCACUUACUCCUCGCAAACAACGAUCCAGCGAAGCCAUUCGAGCGAAGCGAGAAUCUUUGGAGCGCAAAAGAUACGAAGGAGCCGAGUCUGGCGAUGACGAAGAUGAGGAGUUGGGCAAUGCUCAAGCUCGUCGAAGUCCACCCACUCGCAAUCGCAGACCUGGAUCCAAACUUGGCAUUGAAAUGAUGCGUACUAACAGCCGUGGCAGUGUGGUCAGUGGCAGCGAGGAGCUCCUCAAGAAAGAACGUGAAGCACUGCGUCGCAGAAGCGGAGAGUUUGCUGAUACCGACACUGACGACGGUGCACUGGGUUCUCCGGCCAGUACCACACUUGAAGAACGAUUCGAAGAUCUGAGUAUUCCAGAGGAAUCGGAGGCUGAGGAAAGACUAAGCGAACAAUACUCGCCUCCAUUGUCUGGAUCUGCAUCAUCAUUUCGCCGCCGAAGGCCAUCGCUUGCUCAUCAUGACACUGAGAUUUACAGCGGACAUGGGCCUACAUCGCAUCCGGUUUCAGAAACUGGAACUGAGCGACUUUCAAAGGCUGGACAAACUACUCCUCCGUGGGAAACCAGUGGUACUUCCACUGGCCCUAUUACUCCCGAGGUUAAAAUUUCUGGAGAUACCAUCUCCUCAGAUGCCUCUGGUGUAGAUACGGACUGUAGUCCCACGCCUGACUCCGAAGCCACGCCGCGGCCUCUGCAUCCUUCGCUUAGUCUGGAUUCCGAGGAAACGCCUCGGCCUGCUGAAAGAUUCAGAUCCGACUUGACAUCCUCUCUCAAGAGAUGA